CCCAAGAGACAUACUUUCAAUAGGCAAGCCCCUUUUUUCAAUCACGUCGGUAUGGAAGGUCUACUUUAACUGAUACCUACCUUUGGUCAAGUUGAUACGCAUACCUAGGUAUCCAAGGAUUCAUAAAGUUGACCUAACUUCUGGCAUUGUUGAAUUGAUAUCUCGGAAUGGCCAAACCACCACAACCAAGGUUUCCAAUAACCAACGCCUUCAAAGUACGUAAAAAGACGUGAAACUUUUAACAAACCUCGAGCCCCUUGGAAUUGACUCUAGGGGAGUUAAAGUGCAAUGAUAUCAAAAGUUAAACCUAUUUCCGAGGGGAUCAUUCAAAAUGUCAUUAUCCUAUGACAUGGCGGAUUCGAAUAUUUUAAUGCUGCCACAUUCGAAGGCAGCCUCGAGAGGUGAACCCCCCAAGAACAUGUUCCCUCUACUGGAAUUACCGGCCGAGAUGGUCCUAGCCGUCUCAGAUCACCUCCCCGACGGAGACAAGAUUUGCCUCGCCCUAACCUGCAAGGAUCUGUUCUUCCUUUUGGGGGUUAAGAGCAAGAAGCAGCUGAAGCCAUCCACCAUGGAGGAACUCUCUUGCCGCCUAGAAAAAGACAUACCCUGGGUGUGCUAUUGUCAUUUUUGCAAAGCACUUGUCAGAUUUUACAAAGACGGUACGGGAUCAAAUCAUAUUAAUCCCACUACACACCUGCAUAGUGUGGAGAGAGACUUAUUUUUAUACCAUUCUAUUCUACAUUCGAUACAUUUCCCUGGCUCGACCUUUACACUGCCUUAUUUCAGAGCAAGGCUCGUGACGAACUACCAAAUUCUUGGCCCGCAGCACGGGAUACCCCCAGCGCAUUUAUCCUACCAGCAACCAGAUGCUCUGUUCUCAUCUACCCGACACCCAGACGAUGCAUCCUUGCACUAUCAGUUCUCCUUUAAAAAUGAUCUCUUGACAUUUUUUUCCCUCGCGGACCUGCAGAUAGCGCCCCAGAUAUGCCACAAAGAAUCAUGGGCAGCUAAAAUGGUGGGAGAUGAGCUCUUCCUAUCCGCCACACGCAGCUGGGUGCAUUCAGGAGCAGAUAACGGAGCCCUGCAAAGUUACCUCCUGCACAGUUACCUCAAGGUCUGUAUGCACACAAUGAUUUGGGAAGUAUUUUCGGAUGUCAUCAACGUACACUCUACCGGCUCAAGAUCGGUAGAUAUCUCGGGCCUUCACAUCACAGGGUGGUGCAAAAAUUGCCUGACCGACUGGGAUACUUCUGUAGAGUGGAUUAGUCCUGCUCAUGGGUUGAUGAUCACAUUUACAACAUAUCAUAACCUUGGGAGUUGUCGUUCACCCUUUCAUUGGAAAUGGCGGGCAAUGUGUGAAGGAUGGAGAUAUACAGAGAACCGAGAUAAGCCUAGUGGUGCUGUGAAGAGUGGGUGGCUUGAUACCAAGGGGACUUAGAGGGUUAUCUCCGAUAAUCCCCGGGUUGGUAGACCUAUCUCUUACAAGAUCUUCGUGACUACCACGAGGCCGACCCAGCAUACGAGGAAGCGAUGGUGUUAUUACGUGAGGAGUUUGAAAUUAUUCGCGCACGAGGUGCGACAUACAUACGGGAACAGCUCCUUAAGAAAAGAAAUGAGAGAGGGAAAGUGGCCUAUGUAUUGACUACCCCGGUAGUAUGAACCCAGCGUUUCUUGUUUGUAGAGCUCCUUUAGGUGAGGGCACACUAAGGGAAAUAUCAACUAACUGCUCAUGCAAUCUGAAUUAAAGAAUUGUUAUUAUCAAUGAUGAGGUUGAGCGUGUCUAGGGUUCAUGUGUAAGAAGCUGUGA